AUGGAGGUUUUUGUGUUUCCCCCGGGCAGCGAGAAACCGUGGGUGUUUGAGGCCCGUCGCCGUUCCCCUCUAAGCGUUCUUAUAAGAAUAGAACCACCAGCAGCAGCAGCAGCAGCAGCAGCAGGAGCAGCAGCAGCAGCAGCAGCAGGAGGAGGAGCGGGAGGAGGAGAGGCAGCAAGAGAUGAUCUUCGGGUGUCUGCGGAGAAAGCUGUUGGUCUUUGGCGUAUAUUAAUAAACCCAACAACAAAAGAUAUUGCGGUGUCUAUGCAGCUAACAGCCAGUGUUGGGGUUAUAUACGAUGGUAGUAUUCAGGUGUAUAGACACCCCAAUCUACAAACCCUAGAACAACAAACACAACACCUCACCGAUGGGGCUGUAAUAGCAACAGAUAUUUCUGCUGAUCCGCAUGCAACAAACCACAGAAAAUUCUUCAUCUUUCCACUCAACUUCAAUAUGAAAACUGUUGGUGGUUUAGGGUUUUCUCCAUCUAUCCGUUGCGCCGCGAGUCGCUACGGGCUGACUUCUGUGCGUUUGUAUGCAAAUACAAUUUUUUGGGGUUCUGAGGGUUUAGCUGAGGGUUUGCCUGAGGGUUUACGAGGGUUUAGAGAGGACAACUACAAACUACCCAUACCAGAGGAACCCGGUGCGAUAUUUUGGCCUGAGCGUGCUGGGUCUGUAUUGCCGUCUAGACACCGGAGGCUCCUCCUUCUGCUUCCUCAGCAGCAGCAGCAGCAGCAACAACAGCAGCAGCAGCAGCAGCAGCAGCAGCAGCAGAUAUAA